CAAUGAUCCAGUUCUCCUUCCUGCUGUUACUCAUUGAGGCCACCAGAGGCUGCAGCGCGGAGGCGGCCAGUACCUCCUCCAAGGAAUGGACUUGCUCCUCUCCGUCCCCAUCUCUGCCCAGAAGCUGCAAGGAAAUCAAAGAGAAGUGCCACAGUGCACGUGACGGCCUGUAUUUCCUCCGCACCGAGAAUGGUGUCAUCUACCAGACCUUCUGUGACAUGACCUCAGGGGGCGGCGGCUGGACCCUGGUGGCCAGCGUGCAUGAGAACAACAUGCAUGGGAAGUGUACACUGGGCGACCGCUGGUCCAGCCAGCAGGGAAACAGAGCAGACUACCCGGAGGGGGACGGCAACUGGGCCAACUACAACACCUUCGGGUCUGCAGAGGCAGCCACAAGUGAUGACUACAAGAACCCGGGCUACUACGACAUCCAGGCUGAGGACCUGGGCAUCUGGCACGUGCCCAACAGGACCCCCCUGCAGCAGUGGAGAAACAGCUCUCUGCUGAGGUACCACACAAACACCGGCUUCUUCCAGAGACUGGGACACAAUCUGCUUGGCCUCUACCAG